AUGGGGGUUGCUUACGCAGUCGCCCACGGUCGCGCUGCAGUACCUGAAGGUAUCCUUGCUGUCUUUGAUUGGCGCCUCAUCCGUGGUGUUCGUAGCUUCCAGUUCUCUGGGAACUCCCAUGUGGACUCGUUGGUUUGUGGAUUCUGGCAGUAUGCCGCAGUCAUGUCGUCCUCGGGGCACGCUAUCCAUGGGUCUGGCAGCUGCAUGUGGUGUGACUUCAGUGCUGGCCGUCCUGCAUACGUGUUGGGAGUGUCGAGAUUGCGCGCCUUCGGCUCGAAGAUCAGGGGUGCGUUCCCGAACCCGCUGGAGAAGCUGAAGGCCCUGCUCGGGGGCGGCAGCCCGCCGCCCCCGCCCCAGCAGCUGCCCGUCCAGCCGGCGGCGGUGUAUCCGCCGAUGCAGGCGCAGCUGCCGGUCCAGCAGGCGCCGGCGGCGCCGCCGCAGGAGGUGCCGCAGGAGCUGCCGCAGGAGGUGCCGCAGGAGGUGCCGACGGACAUGGGCGGGGACGCCGACGACUCCGGGGACCUUCCUGGCGCGGCUGCGGGCGCUGCCACGGGGGCUGGUCAGGCCAGCCAGGCCUCCGCGGGCACUCCGCCGGCCCCCGGCGCCUACUGCACCGAGCCGGCGCCCCCGGCUUCCUCGCAGUGCGGAAGCCUGGACGAAUGCCUGACGAUCAUAGACAGGUUCCUGGACUCCCAGCCGCGGGCGUUCAAUCUCCUGCAGGUGCGCUCGGAGGACCACCUGGAGCAGGACCUGCCGGGCCCCUGCCCGGAGGGCCCGGCGAAGUGCCGCCACGACACGUACGACAGUGCCCUGGCCGCCCUGUACUACGUCAAGCGCGGCAAGCUGUCGGAGGCCCGGGAGAUCCUGGACGCCUUCCUGGGCAUCAUGUACCCCGCGUCGCUCGACGGGUUCAAGCCGCCGAGCGGCGAGACGCGGUACACCGGGGUUGCCUCCGGCAAGACGCUGACGCUGCUGGCGUCGUCCUACAACUCCGCCAACCCCCCGCAGGGAGGCGUGUACGAGAACCCGGACGUGACCGACGGAGGGGUGGACACAGGCGCCGCGCGCGCCGGGAACGAGCCGGGGGGCAGCUUGCUGGCCGCAGGCGCCGGGAGCGAGCGCAGGCGUGAGCUGGCAAGGUGCGGGCGGCAUGCGGUGCCCGUGCCCUCGGGCUCCAUAAGCUCCAUGGCCUGCGCUGGUCUGCGACGCCUCGGGUCGCUCCGGCUCGGCGUCCAUCCCGUCCACUGCUCGGAGCGGGAGCGGAGAGGCGAGGGCUCGUCGCUUGUCCGGGAGCGCGGUUGUCACGCGCGGCGAGCACGUCCGUAG